GAUGGGAUAUUAUGUAUUUUAAUUGGUAAGGAUAUAGAUAAAUGUAAAUAUUAAAUAAGUUAUAAAGGGGAAAAAAAUAAAUAGUGGUGGGGGAUCUUAUGAUGAAGUAGGAAAUUAGUGGAAGAUUGGAAAGUGGGUAGAAUUGGAUGAAGGGUUUUCUUCAAAAAAAGAAGUCACUUAUAGUGGAAAAUAUAAUAUAAAUGGUAUGAAGGUUGAUAGAUGGAAAAUUUGUGGGGUUGGUGGAUAAAAAUUGUAAAUUAUAAUAUUUAUAAGCACAUUUUAAUAGUGGUCGUGUAUCUUAUGAUUAAGAAGGAAAUUAGAAAUAGAUUGGAAUGUGUAUGGAAUUGGAUGAAGGGUUUUCUUCAAAUCAAUCAGUUACUCAUAGAGGUGAAUAUAAUAUUAAUGGUAUGAAGGUGGGUAGAUGGGAUAUUUUGUAUUUACAUUGGAAUAAGAAAGUAUUCAGUUAAAUGUAAUUAUUAAAUCAGUUACAAAGGGGGGAAUAAUAAAUAGUGGUGGUGGAUCAUAUGAUUAAUAAGGAAAUUAGAAAAAAAUUGGGAAGUGGGUAGAAUUGUUUGAAGGGUUUUUGAAAACUAAUUAAGCUACUUAUUAAGGUGAAUAUAACGUAAAUGGCAUAAAGUUGGGUAGAUGGGACAAAAUAGAUUUAAGAUAUUAAAACAUAAUAAGGUAACAAUUAAAAUUAAUAUUUAAGUGGUUAUAAAAUUUUUGAUGAUAAUGGCAAUGAGAUAUUUUAAGUUAAUAAAGAAUUUGAAUAUUCCUCAUAUACGAAGAAUAUGGUUUGGAUUGGAUAUAAAACAAACAAUAAAAAAGUAGAUAGAUGGGAUUUGAUGUAUAAUGAAGCUGGAGAAUAUAAAUUAAUGUAAAUAUUAUGAAUUUAUAACAAAAUAUUCUAGAGGUGGUGGAUCUUAUGAUUAAGAAGGAAAUUAAAAUAAGGUUGGAAUAUGGGUUGAAGUGAGUGAAAAGUUUGAUUAUGAUACAAAAGUCACUUAUAAUGGUGAAUAUAAUAAGAAUGGUAUUAAGGUAGGUAGAUGGGAUGUGGUUAAUUAUUGUACAUAAUGUUAGAGUGGAUGCAUAAAUUUCGAUGAAAAUGGAAAUGAAAUUUAUAGGAGUGAAAAGUAUUUUAUAUUUUUAUACAAAGCAAAAAAAUAAUUUUUGUUGGAUAAUUCUUAAACUGUAAGAAAGUAGGUAGAUGGGAUAUUAUGUAUUGGUAAAAGAAUGAGAAGAAAUAUAAAAAGAUGUAAAUAUUAUUAAAAUAUUUAAAUUAGUGGUGGUGGAAUUUAUGAUUAAAAAGGAAACGAGAAAAAAAUAGGAAAGUGGGCUGAAUUAGAUGAAAAGAAUUAUGAUCAAAAAUAAUUCAGCUAUAAUGGUGAAUAUAAUAUGAAUGGCAUGAAGGUAGGAAGAUGGGUCAUUUUGUAUUGUAACUACGAUGAGAAGAUAUAUAAAAAGAUGUAAAGAAUAUUUAAAUAUUUAGUGGUGGGGGAUUUUAUGAUAAAGAAGGAAAUGAGUAAAAGAUUGGAAAGUGGAUUGAAUUUUAAUUAGAGGAAAGGAAAUAUGAUGAAAAAUUAUUUACCUAUAAUGGUGAAUAUAAUAUGAAUGGCAUGAAGGUAGGAAGAUGGGAUGUGAUUAAUUAUUGUACAUAAUGUUAGAGUGGAUGUAUAAAUUUCGAUGAAAAUGGAAAUGAAAUUUAUAGGAGUGAAAAGUAUUUUAUAUUUUUAUACAAAGCAAAAAAAUAAUUUUUUUUGGAUAAUUCUUAAACUGUAAGAAAGUAGGUAGAUGGGAUAUUAUGUAUUGUAAAUAUAAUGAGAAGGAAUUAAAAUUGAUGUAAAUAUUAAUAAGAAUAUUUUAAUAAUUAGUGGUGGUGGAUUUUAUGAUGAAGAAGGAAAUGAGAAAAAGAUUGGAAAAUGGGUUGAAUUGGAUGAUAAGAAUUAUGAUUAAAAAUAAUUCACCUACAAUGGAGAAUAUAGUGUGAAU